UCUAUCUAUCUAUCUGUCUGUCUGUGUCUGUCUGUCUGUCUGUCUGUCUAUCUAUCUAUGUUACAAGCUGAGUUUGUCUUUGUCGUAUUGAAUUCAGAGAAAAAAUAAUAAAAAUGCCUGUGAUGAUCGGACAGUUUACAGAUCAUGUAACGUAAGCGAUAAUAUGGAGCAAUUUGUCUCGCGGAUUUUUUAUAUUAAAAGGAAUUUAUUAAAAGUAUGGGUGUUUUGUUAGACGGAUAAAACACCUCUGAAUUUGAACUAAUAGGCAAGUAAUCAUCUUUAGUCCGGUACCGAAAUGAUCACAUAUAUCAUCGACCUCAGCACGUUUUAUUCCUUUCACAUGGUUUAUAUGGACCACAGAGGAUGUAGGUCUGUUAGAGGUGUGCGCUUAAAAUAACACUGCAUUAAAGCGGGAAAAAAACAACAAUUCGAAGCCAAUUCAGUCCAUUUUAAUUCCUUGAGGUCUUUAAGCAAUUAAUUAAAAAAAAAUGUUUGUUUACGUUAGCUUUUUUUUUUCUGUAGCAGAGAAACACAACUACGACAUAGUAAACAAUACGCGUCAGCCAGUAAGUAUAUUGUAUUAAAUCUCCGAGGCUCAAUCCCAAACAGCUCCCUUUGCAGCCUAGUGCACUUCGAGUCGCGUUCCGUCGUACACCAUAUAGUGCGCCUACUUAGAGAAUGAACGCUAGAUUUGGGAUACGGCUCCAGGCCCCACCCCAGGCCAAGUUCUCACGUGGACGGCCAAGAGGGACGCAGCCAGGAGCAUAACACUGACGUCGGCGCUGUUUCCCGACUGUAGAGUGAUUAGGCAACUCGUAGAAAAGAGAAAGAAAGAUAUAAAAAAAGAAGAAAAGUGUGAAAAAUGUAAACGGGUUUAAAGUUGGGGACCAGACUUCACACCAUACGCACUUAGUGCUUCAGAAAAAUGGAAGCUUAUCAUAGUGGUAAUGAAGAUGCCAUGAUGGAGAGUGCAGAAGCUGCUGAAGCUCUGAUGAACAUCGAUUCAUCCACUUCACUUGCACUGGAUGACAAACAGAUACCUCAAAUGUUUUUUUUGACGUCGUCUCUGUUAGAAGGGAACCAGUUUUUAACAGACGGCGUCGUCGGACAACAACAAUGGAUCCACCUUCAGAAAGGAUCUUUACCUGAAGACAAACCAAAGGCUAAAAAGAGUCGAAGACCCAAAAGACCAAGGGAACAUUCCCCAAUGCCUGACAUAACUAUUAAGAAGAGCAAGGACAGCAAAGGAAAUACAUUGUACCUUUGGGAGUUUUUGAUUGCUUUGCUGCAGGACAAGAAUGCUUGUCCCAGAUACAUCAAGUGGACCAACUGGGAAAAAGGCAUAUUCAAGCUUGUGGACUCAAAGGCCGUGUCUCAAUUAUGGGGCAAACACAAAAACAAACCGGACAUGAACUAUGAAACAAUGGGGAGAGCACUUCGAUACUACUACCAGCGUGGUAUCCUGAAUAAAGUCGAGGGUCAGAGACUUGUGUAUCAGUUUGCAGAGAUACCAAAAAACAUCGUCUACAUAGGUGAUGACAACGAUGGCCCAGGUGGCAAUAAUAUCAACAUUUCAAAUGAGGAUGAUGAAGAUCACUCCAGUGAGGCAUCCAUCAAUGAACUAACACCCUUCAGCUUCACCUCAUCCUCUCAAUCAAAAUUGCUCACUUCCAAAACACCCAUGGGUACCAAAGUCCGUAAGGCUGUGAACGGAGGCCAGCGUAAGCCAGCUAACCACUCCGGUGAGGUUACAGGAGCCACCAAACAAGCCCGCCCGUUAGGUCUCAUCCAGCAGCAGCAUCUACCCAUUGUUUCUGCAGAGAUGCUUAAAACUCUUCAGAACGUCCAGUCCAUCCAGCCAGGCCAGCACGGGUCUGUUUUCCGCACGGCUCAGCUGUUAGAAAGUCUUCGUGACAAGCAAGACACCUUGGAGGUCAAGCAGGAACAGCUGGAGGUUCAGUCAGAGGGCCAGGCACCUCAGAUAGUCACGCUUCAGCUGGUACCUGUGUCUUCCAACGAAGAAGGGAUGGACGGAUCUGUAACUUCAUCUCAGUUCAUCAUGCAAGCCAUUCCAGAGACCAUCCCAGAGGAGGUAACCCUCGUAGUACAGAACGUCACCUUGGACAAGGCUUCUUCUGAUCCUUGCCACGCCGAUGUCAAGGACGAGAGCAAUGAAGUCAUCGUCUCCAGUUCUGCUUCAAGUAGUGCCUCAGUAGUGACAUUGGCUGGAGGGCAACAGUUGGUUUCUCAACCUUCUGGUACCGUAAUCCAUUCUGUAGUCACUGCAACGGAACCAAAGAUAUCAGGUCAGAUAGGUGACCCAGACCCUAAAGAGGUCUGUGAAGCUCCUGCAAACUCCCAUGAUGUCCCACAAAGUCCAGAUGUGGAUAAGAACCUGUCUGAUAUGAAGGUGGAGCCCUUAAGCGUGGUCAUCUUCAAUGACUCAUGGGUGGGUUACACCUCCAACGAGACCACAGAGUCGUCUGGCUAAACUCAGGCUAGACUGAAACCUCAUGUUGUCUAAUGCCAUUAAAGCCUUACUCAUCACAUUCCUUUGGGACUUGCACAUGCACUGGAAUUUACAGACACUCCUUUUUCUUUCUUUGUGUCUUAUUUUUUGCACCAGCUUUGCCUUGCUAUGCCAUGCAAAGAUUAUUUUUUAGGAGGACCAAUGAUUCCUAUGCAGCUUAUCCUUACCUUAAGCCCCAUUUUCCUUUCUUAAGUGCCCUAAAAUCUUAUACUGCAAUGAAGUUCCUCAGGGUUCUGACACGACCGGUAAUGUGUCAGUGAUGUCGCUGUAUAACAGAAGGCCAACCACAACCACUUUUUUUUUUUAAUCAUUCACGAGGAGAGCUGUCAUGGAUGGUGACUUUAUCCUUAGCAAAUCCAACUACUAAAGAUACGACGAAUUAGUGAUACUGUAUGCGAUGCAUAAGUUCUUGGUAAAGAUGCACGAGUGUGGCUAAAUCUGUAUUUUAUAAACACGUCUUGUUCAUAUGUAACCUUGUUCAUACCUGGAUCAAAUGUGUGACCUGACUAUAAUUAUUAACAAAAGAUGCUGUAUUUUUAUUGACCAAAUAAAUAUUGUUGCUAAAAAAAAUGUUUUAAAAGCCUAUCCUGUGCUGUUGACUGUAUUGCUGUUAAUGUCGUUUGAGAAAUAUAUGUGACCGAAAGAAGCUGAAAAAUCAGGUGUUGUGUCAAAGUGACAAUCAUUUCAGAUGACUUUAUUCACAAUAUAUGUACAUUGUGUUCAAAAGAGUUUAAUGAUGCACUGUAAGCCUGGUUUGAGAUUAAUCCUUUUGAGAUUAUGAGAAAGCAAGUACUCCUCUAUAUGCAUUCCUUACCCAAGGAACUUCCCUAGCGUGAUCUAGGCUAAAUUUAGGGGUUCAAUAUUUUGAUUUCAGAAACGAGGAACUGGAUCCUGAACUCUCUGGAAGUACAGAUAAAUUUGUUCAACACCUCCUCAAUGUCUUUAGUUUCAUCCAAACGUUUGAUUAUAAUAACUCCGUGUUUCAAACCGAUGAUCAAAAAUGAUGCAGUUUAAAGAUUUUUCAACCUAGCAAGCCAAUAAUUGAACCUAUAGUGGCUAAAAAGAAGGAUGGAUUCCUCGUUCAACAUGACCUACUAAUAGUGGAUCAUUUCUGUUUUGUUGUAUAUGCCAGCUGUUUGAUAUAUAAUCUUCCUUCCUUUAGUUUUUGUUUCUUCUGUGUUACAUUACAUGCUGUAGUACUGAUAACUGUAAUGGUUGAAUGUGACUCCCAAUUUUUUAUUGCAUUUUUUGUAUUGAAAAAGCCUGUACAAUGCUUAUGGAUAUCAAAGCCAUACUGUUUGAUGUCUCUAAUUAAAUAUCAUUGAAAAUG